AUGAGACUCGUAAGGGUGGCUUCAUGCGGUACAUACACGACGAAUGUUGGAUAUUUUAAUCUUCGUACGGCAGGAUUUACUUCCCCGAAGCUUCUGUGCCCGUUUCGCUUCCUCAAAUCACGCACCUUGACCACCACGCGCAUACUUGAGCCACGCGUUUUCCCCAGUUCGGGUUUCGACGUCAUUGAUAUAUCUACGAAAAUCGAGGAAGAAACCCUUCCUGAGGUUUUGAAUUCUCGAUACCAAGUUCUUACCAAGCUGGGUUUCGGUUCAGCAUCGACGGUAUGGUUGUGUCAAGACCUUCGUGACCAUUGCUACCAGGUGUUAAAAAUCCAUGUCCGGAGUCAGCGACCGCUACCAGAAGUAGAAAUCCUGAAGCACCUAAGCGCUCUUCCACAAGAACACCCCGGGAAGAAGCAUGUUAGACUUCCUCUUGAGGUUUUUGAAGUCACGGGGCCGCAUGGCGUACAUCCAUGUCUCCUGUAUGCACCAUCCGGUGUUGAUAUUCGUGACUUUAUGAGCUGUCUUGAAGACGAUGCUUUGCCAGAGGAACUGCUUCGACCCACCAUCCGCUAUGUCCUUCUCGCAUUAGAUUAUCUGCACGGAGCGAAUAUCAUUCAUACAGAUGUUCAACCAAAUAAUCUCCUUGUUGGUAUUAAUGACGAGUCAAUCCUUCUUGAGAUAGAAGAGGACGAGAUGUCUAAUCCAUCUCCAAGAAAGCAACUUCCUGGCCGAACAAUGUACACCACGCAUGGGAUGCCAGUAACAACCGGGGAGCCCGUACUCUCUGACCUGGGAGAAGCACGAAUUGCAUAUAGCAGUCAGACUGGCCUGAUUAUGCCGAACGUGUACCGAGCACCGGAAGUGAUGCUGGGGAUGGAGUGGAAUAACAAAGUCGAUAUCUGGGCCGUGGGUCAAAUGGCAUGGACCCUAUUCGAGAAAGGACAUCUUUUCCAAACACGCAACCUUGACAGUGAAGUCGACCAUACCAAGCGGCACGCAGAGAUGGUUGCACUAUUGGGACCGCCACCCCCCGAGUUUCUGAGACGAAGUAAGGACAGUUUGAAGUUCUGGGACGAGAACGGUAACUGGCGAGGCCUUGCUGAAAUCCCAGCGCAGACUCUCGAAUCUCGCGAAUCACGGCUUGAAGGAGAAAAUAAGAGGCGUUUUCUUCAGUUCUUGCGUAAAACAAUGCAAUGGCAGCCUGAGGAUCGACCGACUGCAGAGGAUCUCUUCGCAGACGAAUGGGUGAGAGGAGACGAUUACUGA